GCCGCAGUCGAAAACAAAUCAUCCGGCUUUGUUGUCUUAUCGGUUACAAAGCAACGCAAAAAGUAUCAAAUAUUAAAAUUUUAUUUUAAUUAAUUAGAAAUGGACAAGAAAUCAAAGGAAGCAUUGCGUAGAUAUAAAAAGGCCCGAAAAGCUGCCGAGUCGAGCAGUGAAAGCAGCAGCAGUAGCAGCGAUAGUGAGUCCGGUUCCUCUAGUUCAUACAGCUCGGAAGAUGAGCGUAGGCAUCGCCACAAGAAAUCUCGUCAACCGGGCCUCAGGCGUUCCAGCAGUUCGAGCGGAGAUGAACGCCACAAGAGGGAGAAGGAGCGUCGUUGCCAAAAGAAAUUGGAAGCCAAACGCAAUCACCUGAAACGUAAACUCAAAGAGGCAAAGUUGAAGAAAAAAGCUGCAGCCGCUGCGGCAGCCUUAAGUGGUCAUUCCCAUCGGGCAUUGUCACCGGCCACGCAAGCUAAAUUGAAGAAAUUGGCCGAACGUAAACAUCUGCGUGCAGCCAGUAAGGAGCGGCGUGAACGGGAAAAGGAAAAACAUCGUGCUAUGCGGGAGCGUGAACGUGAGCAUCAUCAUCGCAGCAGUCGUUCGCCUACCAAAAUUACAAAAAUACGCAUACACCAGGAUGUUAAUAGACAGAAGACCCCACCGCGGGUACAUCACCAGCUAAUGUCGCGGGAGAAGAUUAUAAUUCAGACGCGUACUCGUGACCGCACACCAUCCGCUGAACGUGAACGUUUGCGACACGAGAAGAUGCGCCACGAAGAUAUGGCCAGAGAACGAGAAAGACGCGAACGUGAAGCUGCACGUGAUAAGGAAAGGGCCGAGGCAUUGGCCAGAUGCCAGGAACGUCAAAGGGAGCGUGAACGUUUGGCACGUGAAAAAUUACGUCGGGAGGAGGAAGAGAAGUAUGGCAAGCCUAUGAGUGAACGGUUGUUGGCCCGGGGUCCGGAACGUGAUAUGGGUGGUCGUGGUUUUGAGCCACGCGAUCGUUCGCUGGAAAGAACCAAACGAGAUAUUGAUCCCUAUGAUCAUGGCUAUGGGCGCAAGCAUCGUGGAGACGAUUAUGAUGAGGAAAGUGAGCGCCGCGCCAUUUUGGAACGUGAAGAGUUGUUGCGUGAACGUGAAUACCUUGCACGUCGCCGCGAAAUGAGUCCCUCGGAAUAUCCUGGAUCAAGUGGAAGUCGCAUGCGUACCGAUCCCCGUGAUAUAUAUCCUGAAGAUGAUCGUGAACGCGCCUACAAGAGACCCUUCAUAGAGGAAGGACGCGGAGGUGGCCGUGAACCAUGGCUUUCGGAACGAGAAAUAAGAGCACGAGAAAUGCAUGACCCUCGUGACUAUCGUGAAAUGGAACCGGAACAUUUGUAUCCAGAAGAACGUGAUCGUUUACCACCUCCCAGGGAGCGUGAGCGGGGCUAUGCUGGACGCCCUGGAUCAGAUUGGAAGCGCAAAGAAUGGGUGGGAAGUCCACGCGAGUGGCCCAACGAUGAGCCAGGCCCAUCAUCUCAUUCAUCGGGACGUGGUUUUGGUGGACCGAAGAGGGGUACUGGCUCUGUUUUGCCUGGAAAAAUUCCUCCACCCUCGGUUCGCGAACAAAGACCACAAUCCGAAACCGAUUGGGAUGCUGAAGAGGGACAAAUUGAAGUUUCCAAGAAACCAGAAUCAAGCCGUGAUGCCUGGUUGGAACAUGACAAACGUGAUUUGCCGGAGUCACGCGAAAAACUGGCACCCGGCGGAAGACCUUGGGACUGGCGCGAGCGAGAAGAACCAUCGGGACCUCCUAGCUAUUCUCGAGGUCCACCUGGCCCCAUGAUGCAUCAUCCACGUAGUGAGCGUGGUGGACGAGGAGGCUAUCGCCGAGGUGGCCACAUAAUACAUGGUGAACGUGUACCAGGUAUCCAUGGUUUUAGAGCUCAUCAUCCACCAGCUUUGCUAAGUUUGCCAACAUCCGGUGGCGGAUUCCAUGAGGGUUCACCACGUUUCCCAAAUAAACGUAAUAUGACCUACACUAAUCCGAAUAUUUUGAAAAAGCAACAGGCAGCAUUGGCCGCAGCAAAUACUGCUGUGGCAGCUGCCAAGGCUGCUGCUCAAAGUGCUGCUAGUGGUACCACAAAUCCCAGCAUUUUGGGUCAAUCGGCUGGGGCAGCUAGACCUGGCCAAGGAAGUGAUGAUAAGCCCGAAGCUGGAGAGAUUGUAGGAGAAACUGAAGAUAAGGCAGCAACGGGCAAUAAUGCUGCCGAAGUGGCACCAGAACAAACUGAACAACAAGUGCCCGGAGAGACACCAACCGAAAAGGAGAAGAAAUCCGGGGAGUUAAGUGAAAUUAGUGACAGUGACGAUGAUAUUUUAAACAAAACUGAAAAGAAAGCAAAACUUGAUAAUGAAGACUCAAAUUCACAAACUAAAAUCGUUGACAAGGAAGCAGCAGAGGAAAAGGGAGAAGAUGAUGAAAUUAUGGACUUUGAAGAAAUAUCCGAUGGAGAAUUGGAAGAGGAAAGGGCGGCCAAGGGUGUUGGCGAUGCUUUGGGUGUGGACUGGUCAUCUUUGAUUGCUGAAACUAAACGUUUGCCUUCAUGUCCCACAACCACAGCCAAACAAAAAUGGCAACCACAUCGCAUUAUUUUGGAUAUUGGCAUAUCUAUGCGUAUGGCUGGCGAGGAAUAUGCCAAACAAUUGCUCAACAAUGCCAAACAACAGUUGGAAGAAGAAAUGAAAGAGGAAAACAGCAUCAAGACAGAACUCAAGGAGGAAGCGGCAAUUAAAUCUGAAAUCAAAGAUGAAGUUUCAUCAUUAUCCACACUGGACGAAGAUUCCCAGACCCCUGCGGAGAAUGAUGACAGCACUUCAGACAUCAAGCCGAAAGAGGAAAAACUAGAAAUUAAACCUCCAAAAGAGGAGAUCAUAAACAUUGAUAGCUUACCUCCAUUGGCUUGUAUGCAAGUGGCUCAACGUAAGUUGCAAAUGGAACGCAACAAUCUGAUUGCCAAUGCAUGUGGCUUGAAUAGCAGGGCAUUGAGUGCCCGACAAGAUCUAAAACUGCGCCGGCAAUUGUGCGGCCUACCAGCCAGAGAGUGUCCCAUUUCUCGUAAUAUUCCUGUUACUAGUGACAAACUUAAAGCUAUGGCUUUAGCGGCUUUCCAGCGAACAUUAGAAGUAAAAUAAAUCGCAAAACUUCAAAUUUGUUUUGUUAGCAAAAGAAAACUAUGCUUAAUUAAAUAUACUAUACUAUGAUUUAAGUAACUUGAAUGUUUUAGCAUUAGACUUUAAGACCACAUAUAUACAGAUCUUUAAACCAUAAAAAUUAUUUAUGAAUGAAUUGAUACAAUAAUGGAUGAAAUAAACUGAAAUGUAUUACCGCUGAUGGAAAGGUAAA